UAUUCAACCUUUUCAGCUUUUCUUCUUCUUCUUCUUCUCCUUGUUCAUAGCCAAAAAGCAGCCACAAAAUGGAGGGCAUCGAGCAUAAGAAAGUGGACUUAAAUGGCAUAAACAUGCACGUAGCUGAAAAAGGUGAAGGCCCAGUAGUCCUCUUCCUCCACGGCUUCCCUGAGCUCUGGUACACAUGGCGCCACCAGAUCACGGCGUUCGCCACCUUAGGCUACCGUGCCGUUGCGCCGGACCUCCGUGGCUACGGGGACACUGAUGCUCCUUCUUCUAUAUCCAGCUACACUUGCUUCCACAUUGUAGGUGACCUCGUGGCCCUCAUUCAGUCCCUAGGCGUAGCCCAUGUUUUCUUGGUGGCUCAUGACUGGGGUGCCAUGAUUGCUUGGUACUUGUGCUUGUUUAGGCCUGACAUGGUGAAGGCAUUUGUGAGCUUGACUGUGCCUUUCCGGCCAAGGAAUCCUAAGAUGAAGCCCAUUGCCGGCUUGCGGGCAUUUUUUGGGGAGGAGUAUUACAUGUGCAGAUUCCAGGAACCUGGAGAGAUUGAGGCUGAAAUUGCAAAAUAUGGGAGCAAAGCAGUACUCAAGAAAAUUCUUACAGAUCGUAAACCUGGUCCUCCUUGUCUACCAAAGGGGAACCCUUUUGGGAUUUCACCUGAUACUGACAUCAAAUUGCCCGCCUGGCUAUCAGAAGAAGACUUGAAGUACUAUGCUAACAAAUACGCCCAGAAGGGCUUCACUGGAGGAUUGAACUACUACCGUGCAUUGGAUUUAAACUGGGAGCUGACUGCAGCAUGGACAGGAGCACAAGUGAAAGUUCCUGUGAAAUUCAUAGUCGGAGACUUGGAUAUGGUGUAUACCACUCCAGGGACACAGGAAUACGUACAUGGUGGCGGCUUCAAAAGGGACGUGCCAUUCUUGGAAGAACCUGUGAUAAUGAAGGACGCGGGCCACUUCCUCAACCAAGAAAGAGCUGAAGAGAUCAACCAUCACAUCCAUCAUUUCAUCAAAAUGUUCUGAGAGCUACUUGUGGUAAUAUGCCCUGCGGUUCUGCAGAGUGGCAAUUGAACAUUUAGAAGCUUGAUUUUCCGCUAGGUAUUCUCAGUUAUGUCUGUUUGCUGUUCCUGCUGCAGGAUUUCCUUCUUUGAUUUUUUAUUUUAUGGUAAAGCUUCAAGAUCAUUCAAUUCUUACUAUCAAUCAUCCAUUGAACAAUUCUGUAACGCUUUGGAUAAGAAUCCAGUAUCACCUGUAUUUUGCAACGUCAAGCACUUGAUCUAAGAUCUAUAGGACCAUGAACCCAAGAGCUAGUCAGAUCUCAGCCAAAGCUGGAAGACUGACAACUACUGCUAGGUAAGGGGAGAAACAAGCUCAUCAGGUUUGCCUCACCACUAGGUUUCAUGUCAAAUUACACUUCAGCACCAUGUAAUCAUUACCUGAGUUCAGAAAUUUGUCUUGUACUCAACUGUGAAAUAAAGAUGCAUCCAUUCUUAUCUCAUAACCUGUUGGAUAAGUACUCCACGUAGAACUAAUAAAGCAAACCCAAGACAAUUAUCAAAAGAAGAUGGCCAUUGGAGCUUCAACAUAUAAGGUAGGCUUGUCUCUCCAACAAAUUUUAACGGGUUCCAACUUCUAUUUUCACGAUUUCUCGAAAAUUUCUACAUUUUUUUGGCUCAACUAUGCAACAAAA